AUGGAAUUACCCAAUCAGCCAGUUUAUGUGACAAUCCCGUCAAUCAACGCACCAAUCGAGAGCGAGCGCCUUCUGCUACGACCAAUCUGUGACUCUGAUGCUGCCGCACUGUUAGCGAUUCGAGGCCGACCGGAAGUAGCAAAGACGAACUACCCCAAGGAGCCAUUCAGGUCCAUCGAGGAGACUCGUGAAUGGAUGUCCAGCAAGAUCUUUCUCAAAGGCCCAGCAGACAUCAUCGGGCGCUCUUUUAAUUUUGCGAUUCUGGAUAAGUCGAUCUUAGAACCGGAAGCGCAGCUCAUUGGCUAUAUCAGCGUGAACACUCUAGACCCAUGCCCCGAAAUUGGAUACUCUCUCCUUCCCGAGUCGUGGGGAAAGGGCUACGCUACAGAAGCAUUACGAAUGAUGCUAUCAAAGUGGUGGGAUCUCCCAAGAAGAGAUACGGGUGGAUCGAAUGGGAGUGAGGAGAGGAUUUACGCUAUUUGUGAGAAGCUUAAUAUUGGGAGCGUGAUGGUCCUCCGUAAGUGUGGUUUCGAGGUUGUAUCGGAAUUUAGCUUCGGGUCAGAUGAGCUAUUCAUAUGGGCUUUGCAGAAGUCACAAUUUAUCCAGCAUUGA